GUAAGCUUAACUUGAGAAAAAUGAAAGUAAUUUCAACUGAGAAGUUUAUUUUGUUUGCUUUAGCUACAGUGGUCUUUCUCACACCAAACAGCAUGUGCCUAAAUGAAUCUGCAAAGUCCAGGCUGCAGAGCAGAGAGGACAAUGAGAAUAAAUAUUAUGAGAUUAAAGAUGACAUUUUGGAAGAAAAGCAGAGGAGUCUCAAUUUUGAAGAAAUGGAAGACUGGGGAUCAAAAAAUAUCAUUAAAGUGAACCCUUUCACAGUAAACAAGAUGCCAAAUUCAGUUGCUAAUUUACCUCUUAGAUUUGGAAGAAAUUAUCCAGAAGAAAGAAGUAUUAAAYCAUUUGCUAAUUUGCCCCUGAGAUUUGGGAGAGCUUUUGGAGAGAGCACACCUAAUUAUGCUCCAAAGGUAUCAUACAGACUUGGGAGAUCUCCAUAUGUUAAAGGUUCCAGUCAAUCACUUCUAAAUUUGCCGCAGAGGUUUGGGAAGUCACUGGCUGUCAAUCUGCCUGGAGACAUUCAGGAGUCUGAACCAGGGAUAUGAAUUCUAACAGUUACACUCAUACCGGAAUGAAAUUAUGAAGACAGAAUCUGAAAGACUUGGAAAAGCUGCAGUGUGCUUUCAAAACUAAAGGUCAUGAAAAGGAAACAUAUGUGUACAGAAGUGCAAGCCUGCUUUCAUAURUGUGUAAUGUAUUUAUUCUGUACAAACCCCUGAUAUACAAGGCAAUGAUAAUCAUAAUGGUCGUUGUGGU